CGCUCUCACUCCUCCCAGACAGCGGAAGCGCGCAUUUGUUUCGACUCAACUCAAGAUGGCAACUGGAGCAGAAUACGGCUUGAAAAAAAUAGUUUGGCAAAGAAUCAAGGACACUCUCAUUGCCGACUGCAGAAAGUCAGAAGUAUGGAAGAUCCUCAUACUGGACCACUUCACCACGCGCCUCCUCUCCUCCUGCUGCAAAAUGUCAGAUCUCAUGUCGGAGGGCAUCACAAUUGUGGAGGACCUGUACAAAAACAGAGAACCGGUUCCAGAGAUGAAGGCCAUCUAUUUCAUGACGCCUGCUGCCAAGUGUAUCGAUGCGUUUAUUAAUGACUUCAAACCGAACCCCAAAUACAAAGCAGCCUAUGUCUUCUUCACUGACUACUGUCCAGAUGAUCUCUUCGACAAGAUGAAGAAGAACUGUGCCAAGCACAUUAAAGUCUGUAAAGAGAUCAACAUCUCCUUUCUGCCACUGGAAGCACAGGUGUUCAGCUGUGAUAACGCAGAGGCCUUCAAGAGCAUCUACACACCGAACAGUCAGGACCGAGAUCACACGCUGGAGAUGAUAGCCGAUCAGAUCGUAACGCUCUGUGCCACGCUGGACGAGUACCCCGGAGUCAGAUACAAGACUAGUCAGAAUCCCAACUGCGGAAAGACGUUGGCUGAACUUGUGGAUAAUAAACUGGCACGACAUUAUGAGUUGGAUGAGAAUUCGAAAAAAAAGGGAAAAACACAGGCUCAGCUUCUGAUCGUUGAUCGCGCGCUGGACCCUGUUAGUCCUAUCCUUCAUGAGCUCACCUACCAGGCCAUGGCUUACGACCUCAUACCGAUAAAGGACAACACCUACGAGUACAGGUUAAAGGAUGGCUCUAAGAAAGACGCUUUGCUGAACGAAGAGGAUCAGUUAUGGGUCAAACUGCGUCACAUGCACAUUGCAGAGGUUACUGAGCAAAUCCCCAAACUGGUGAAGGAAAUCUCUUCCAGUAGAGGCGAGAAGAAACCGGCCGAGGACAAGAUCUCAAUCGGAGGCCUAUCACAGCUCAUGAAGAAGAUGCCAGGCUUCCGCAAGCAGAUGGCUCAGAAAACCGUCCACUUGUGUUUAGCUGAGGACCUGAUGAGUCAUUACCAGAAGAAUGUGGAAAAACUCUGCAAAGCCGAGCAGGAUCUGGCUGUAGGCGCGGAUGCUGAAGGACAGAAGGUAAAGGACCCCAUGAGGACAUUACUUCCUGUGCUGCUGCACCCGCAUGACACCGCUGAUAAGAUCCGGGCCGUUCUUCUCUACAUCUUCAGUCUGAACGGUACAACAGCGGAGAACCUGAACAAACUAAUUCAGCAUGUGAAAAUCGAGGAUGAGAAAGGGUAUAUCCUGAACUGGGAACAUCUGGGAGUUCCCAUCCUAUCCACGCCGAGUUUGUUCUCGUUCCGUAAACAAUCUCGUAGAGACCGGUCAGAUGAGGAGACUUAUAAAGUGUCUCGCUGGACGCCCGUCAUUAAAGAUAUAAUGGAGGAUGCCGUGGAGAACAAACUGGAGGUCAGAGACUGGCCGUAUCAGUCUGAGUGUCCGUCUGCGUGGAACGGUUCUCGCGCUGUAAGAGUGCUGAGCGCGCGGCAGAAGCACAAGGGCAGUUCUCCGGACGAUCUCCGGAGCGGCUCGCGGCUCAUUGUCUUUGUCCUGGGUGGGGUCAGCUACUCAGAAAUGCGCUGCGCUUAUGAAGUCACACACGCUAAUAAAUCCUGUGAAGUCAUCAUUGGCUCAACGCACAUCCUGACUCCACGAAGUCUGCUGGAGGACAUUUAUAACCUGGGCAAGGAACCCAUGCAAAGCUUCUCCAUUGAGGAGGACAAGCCCUGAGCGCCGCUCCUCCCCGGACCGAAGGGAACACGUCUCUACGGCUCCCGUCACCUCAGACAGCAUUAUUUCUCACUUAAAACCUGAAUAUAACAAACCAGUAGUUCUAACAGUCUAAUAACCCUUUAACAUAAAAGCUAAAAACCUUCAUCAGAGCCUCACACACAGGUGCCUUUAUUUAGCGGUGAUGGCGAAACGCUUUCACUGGCUUUUCUCGAACACUCUUCUUUGUAUUUAUGUCUCUCACACUAAUGGAAGGGAAUGGCAAAAGUCCUCCCGACUCCAUUUAAAAUGGUGUUUUUUGAAUGAGGCUGAAUUGUACAUAUGUAUUGUGCUUUGUGUUUUUUGGUUGUAUAAAACAUUGUCAGGAAUUGAACAAUGAGGGAUUUAACAGAUUUAACAUUUAAUAUUGAACGACUGAAGUAACAUGAAUGACGUGGUUCACUUCUCCCGUUUGGUUUAAAAUGUCUGUCUUUUGGUUUAUUGAUGUGAUAUUGGUCUGAUGUUAACCGACAUAAAAAAAAUAUAUAUAUA